AGAGUUCCCCGACUAAGACCCGACCUGUCGCACAAACGUUAGUUGCGUAUCAAACGCGUUUGGCGCAAGAAUUUUAUUCAGUUCGUCGUUUGAAGAAGACCUGUCGUACCGCGUUGGGUUGCGUAUCGCAUGCAAUUGGCGCAAGAAUUUUAUCCUGCGCGGUAUACAAGCUUGUUUGGGUAACAAGGCUCAUUUUCCAGCAUUAGCUCAACCGAUAAAGUCAUCGAAACGCAGAAACGGACUGCGUAAGAAAGCUGCAGAGAACCAAUUAAAGUUGAAAUAAAAAGGUGAAACACAUUAGAAGAAAUUCACAAAAACGUGCUCAAUCUAGUUCAGAUUGGAUGUGAUUUUUCAGUGUAGCUGUGUUUUACCAUGUGUGUUAUGUGUAUUCCAAUAUCAUUCCAAUAAGUUUGAUUUUGUUAAAAAGUUAUAAAAUGUAUAUAUGUUUGUGUAUUAGUGUAUUGUGAAAUACAAAGCAAUGGUUGAAUUGGUGUAUUCCUUGUAUUCCUUGCAUCAGUGUUCUAUGUCGUAAUGUCGAUAUUCUGUAGAAAGUAGGUUCGAUUUAUAGUGAUAAAGGUUGUGAAUGCAGUUUUAUGUUGAAAGAUUUUUGGUGUGUGAAUUCCGUUUGGAAUCGAUUCGAUCGACAGAUUUCAUUACGUUGCCGAGAAUUGUGGGCCUGUUUCAAAUGGUUUUGAUCAAUAUUAGUCGAAUUGGUUCGCAUAUAACGGAAGUGGAGUAAACGCGCGACAGGAAAAGCAAUUUAUUUUCAACGCACUGUUGAACUGUGAUGGUGCUCGACGUGCAGAAUUUCUAUCGUAAGGAGCCCGACCGGCUGAGGCAGCCGCGAUUCGUGUAGCUCUGCCAUGACCAAGCAUCUCUGGAAUUGCGAUACAUCCUGGCGAUGUGUCCAGGCAUUGGCAGUGAUCCUGACCAUCCUGCUAUUGCCCGGUACAGGUGGUGCAUUGGAUCCCGGCAUCGAUCUAUUGGAAGCACUAAAUAUACAAUCAAAUAUAUCCCAAUAUCCUGGGAUAACGGUUACACAAUCCAGAGUUUUCCAUUUAUCAGGUCUCGAUCGAAAUCUUGUUCUUCCGGCUGCGGUUUUUCACCGGGCAGUCGAGCAGAUGAAAAAAUCUUCAGAAUUUACCUUUUCCGUUGUCCUAAAGCAAGAACAAUCAAACUCUGGGACCAUAAUAUCAUUUUCCAACGGAAUUAAUAGGUAUUUAGAAUUACAAUCAAGUGGAAGACGUGACGAAAUACGUUUUCAUUACACACACAUAACAGCAGCGGGUGUUACGCAGAUUCUAACGGAAACAUUUCCGUAUCGACUUGCGGACGAUAUCGAGCACAAGGUGUCACUAACUGUUAGCGGCACUGAAAUGCAGCUAUUCAUCGACUGCCAUCCACUGUAUAAAAGAGUGACACAUUUUUUACCAGAUAGAAAUUUUAGUGCUUCCAAUAUGCAAUUAUUCGUCGGACAAAGGAACUCAAAUAGUCAUUAUUUAUUUAAGGGAGAAUUAAAAGAUUUACGUCUUAUAACUGGGUCUUAUGGUUAUUUAUCUCAAUGUGAGUUGAUGGAUGCACAAUGUCCUACUUGUGGACAAUUUUUAGAAUUAGAAAAUGCUUUACUAGAAUUAAAAAAAACAAUGUCACUGUUAACAAAAAGGCUAGUGGAAGCAGAGAAGCGUGUCUCGUAUAUUGAGGAAUGUGAUUGUAAAAAAUCAUGCUUAAUAAAUGGUACAACUAAAAACGAUGGAGAUGCCUGGGAUAUUGGAUGUAGUCGUUGUGAGUGCAGGCAAGGAAUAGUCAAAUGUGGUCCAAGACCAUGUCCAGAGGUUAAAUGUAAACAUCCAGUAUUAAAAGAGGGCGAAUGUUGUCCUGUGUGUUUGAAAAGCUGUUACAUUACUAAGAAAGACUUUGAACAUGGUGAAAUCCAAAUCUUAGGCUGUAGAAACUGUUCGUGUGUAGAUGGUAAUAUGCAUUGUGAAUUCCUGCAAUGCCCCGAGCUGAAGUGUCCACCGGAGCAACAAAUGUCAGUAACGGAUGAAUGCUGCAAAUUUUGUCAAGAUACUCCACAUAGGCGAAAAGUACGGCCACACAAACGACCGCAGGGCGGUGGCGGCGGCGGUCAUAAGCGGCAACAUCCCAAAAAUUCUACUCACAGAAACAAACAUUCAAAGAAAAAGAAGCACGAUCAAGCAUUACAGUUGCAUACGACAGAAGAUGUGGAUGAGUGUACUCAACAGGGUGGUCUUAAUGGUAACCACUGUCAUCUUAACACACGAUGUGUUAACACCUUUGGUUCGUACAUUUGCGAAUGUUUACCUGGCUAUCGAAGACAAGAUAAGUUCAACUGCAUAGAGAUGGAUGAAUGCAAGUCUGGCGAGAACAAUUGCCACGAGGACGCAGAUUGCAUUAACACAUUGGGCUCAUUUCAUUGCCAAUGUAAGGAAGGUUACACGGGCAAUGGACACGAUUGUAGGCCCGUCUGCAAUCAAACCUGCUUGAACGGUGGAGAAUGUCGCUCGCCUAAUGUCUGCACAUGUCGAACGGGUUACAUUGGCGAAUCAUGUGAAAAAGAUCUAGACGAGUGUACAACAGGUUUGCACCGGUGUAAGGAUACGACAGAUUGCGUUAAUAUGCCGGGCUGGUACUUCUGCAAAUGCAAGGCUGGAUUCGAAACCAAAGGCAAGGAUUGUGUAGAUAUAGAUGAGUGUUACCUCAAUACGCACAGCUGUCACCCAACGGCCCGGUGCGUAAACACACCAGGGCACUUCACAUGUGAAUGUCCGAUCGACGGCGAUUCGGAUUGUAGAUUAAGCUGUAUGUUCGAAGAUCGUGAACUGAAAGAUGGCGACAAGGUAUCCCCCAGCAAUGCGCCAUGCAAAAUAUGUACCUGUACGAAAGGCGUUAUAAGCUGUGUGGAACCUCCAUGCAACUGUUCAACAUGGCGUCCAGGGGUCGUGAGUGAACUAUGUUGUCCGCAAUGCGAUCCGAAACAAUCUUGCCAACACCAGGAGCUCAAACAUGUCACGUUCCGCAGUGGCGAACAGUGGAUAUAUCAAUGUCAAACGUGUGAAUGUUUGUACGGCGAAUUUGACUGCUGGAAUCUUGAAUGUCCUCCUCUAAUAUGUGAUAAUCCUAUGCCGGCCGGACCGGCAGAUUGUUGUCCCCGAUGUCCUAACGAUAGGUGUGGUUUUGAGAACCUUACCAAACUAAUAACCAGUAGUAGCAGUGAAGGCGUCGGUAUCGGAACAACAUGUUUAUACGAAAACCACGUAUACCCACCUGGACCAUUUAAAUAUCCGUCCAGAGAUUGCACAACCUGUUCCUGUAAGGUCCCCUACUGUGCCCUACUGAACGGGAAAAUCUCCUGCCGUUACGACGAUAAUUGCAGUAUUGCUGACAAUCGCGGUGCACUGCGAAUGGUGGAAGAGCAUCAUGCGAACAAUAGGCUCAACUCUAGCACUUAUAAUCGUAAAUCAUCGCAAACAACGACUCCAAAGAUGUUGGUGCCCCACCACCACCACCCACAACAGCAACAAAGCUAUCGUUUUCCUCACAGGGCACCGAUGGCCAACAGUUUAUCAAAAGAAAAUAUUAUCCGAUUUGAUCGAAGCAGCAAAACAAAACCAACAGACGCAACCAUUACAUGGGAGGCGUCAUUUAGUGUGGCAGAAUAUGGAAGCAGCACAAUUAGUAGUACGCAGCACCGAGGAUCAGAACAAACGGCCGUUGAUGAAAAAUUAGUUAUUGCCUCGCCCACACACUCUGCAAGUAAAACAGCGCAAGACGCAAUUGUACAUGCAGGUAUGGCUGUACCUACAAUUUCAUCCGAAUCAGAAAUUUCGUUUGGUACUGAAGCAGAACCCAGUAAAGAAAUCUCCCUACCGGCAACAACGUAUACACAAAAUACACCACGCAAUAGUAACUCAGAAGAACAUAACAAUUAUACAAAUCACUUCUCAUCUGCUACAAAACAACGAACAGGCAUUACAUCUUCAGCAACGACACAGGACCAGCUAACAAAAAUACAUAAUAAACAACCUUUUUUGCAAAAGUUACCGUUAAUCGAUUCGAUUAGCGGUUUGGAAACUGAUGUAGCAACAAGAAGCCGCCGUAACACGAAGCGUAGUGAACGAGGAUGAAGUUAUUUUCGCAAAACAGCCCUUUAAUUCGAACGCAAGCCAAAUCUAUUCCAAAAUUAUUUUACUAUCUUACCGAAAAUUUUCGGCAAAACGAAUUUAUCAUAAUUCAUGUCGUUGGAGCUACUUCGAGAAACUUAUGUAUAUGAUAUCAUACGCACAUAAUUGAAAACUGUAUCGCAUUUAAUUUAACAUUGAUGAAUGCUACGAUAAAUUAUGAUAUUUUUGGGUUUUCACAAGCAAAAUUUUAAAGUCUAAAAAACGGAAUAACAUAAAGUACAGUACCCAAAGUAUUAAUCAUUAGUUAACACUCUUGGAUUGUUUCGACCAAACAAAUCAAUCGCUGUUUAAUUUUACUGUCAAUUUUAUGGAGAAAAAUAAUAGCAGUACAGCUUAGCCGUCUUAAAAAAAGAAGUCAGGUCAAAGAAAAAAGCAUGUCUUCAAUUCAAAAUUGAAAAUUCGAUUAAUUAUUGAACCACCUUUAAUAAUAUAUUUCAACGCUUUCAACAUUAACAAUAGUUGUAUGGCCUCCUAAGAAUUAACAUUAACAUUCUAAGAAUGAUUCCUCCUCAACUCCGCCUUCAGACAUAUAAACAAAUAAUAAACAGACGCAAUUAAACAAACGAAGAAGCUGAAAACCAAUUUUAAAGCCACAGGACAAAGUAUGUCAAACAUGUUUUGAAGUUUGUAAAUUAAUUUAAAAAAAAUCAUUAUCACAAACUGACAUUAGCAACAUAAUCGUUGACGUUGGUCUGGAUUAAGGUGAAAACUUAAAACAACUUCAAAAUGGAUAUGAUACACUGUUACGAGUGCUAGACACAUUUAUGUGUUUCAACAUACGUUUCAUAUAAGUUUGUUGGAAGCUAUAAACAGCGGAGGAUGUAUAAACAAGAAAACUAUUCUGGCAUACAUUUCAAUGAGUUGCGGAUUACAUUACUAUUACUAUGUGUUCGUUAGCUUGGUUAGUAGGCACCUGUACUAUCUUUCCACACAGUUGAAGUAUUUUUGCGCCAUUCGAAUAAAAAUAAAUAUAAAAAAGGAAUAGUUCCAGUAGGUAGUUUAACAAAUUGUGGCACAUCAGUCACUGUUUUCAACAAAUUGCUUGGUUCUAGUCAUGUACGGAAGGGAACUGUAACGAUAAUUAUUUAUUAGAGUUACGUAUUCUGAUUUUGUUUGUUAUUCAGUUAUUAAUCUAAGUUUGAAUGAUUGGAGACAACAUAUUUGCUAUCGAUAGAUACAAGCCAACCUUAUCCACACAAGUAUUCUAAAUAGACGAUUUUAGGCAGUACUAAUAUUUAUACUUUUCAAUAAUGACCCCUUUUCUAUUAUAAAUUAGAAAACUUAAAUGUCAGCCUAUCAGUGGAGCAUUAUUCAUCAUUCAGGUUGUAUUUUCCAUACCUAUUUGCCAACUGCCAAGAUUGGCCAUUUUGGAUUUCGCCAAAUGUGAACCAAAAAAAGAUACAUUUCAAAAUCGUUUUAUUUCGUUUUUUUUCUAUUUGAAAUGAAUUUCAGUGCUAUUAACACAUUUUGAAAUAUCGAUUUAAAAAAAUUUUAACCUUCUUGGACAAAAUAUUUAUGCAGUAGCUAAAAAACAUACAUAAGCUACAUACAUCGAACAUGCAACAAAACAAAUCGGCGUAUUUUUACUCUUUAAUCUUAAUCAACUAGUCUAGGCCAGCGAUGUCAAACUCAUAUGAGCCUGCGGGACAAAAUGCCACUGAAAAUAGUAGCACGGGUUGCAGCCUAGUUUUUUACAUGAUAUAUGAUAUGAUAUGAUGAUAUGAUACAAAAUCAGAUCAUUAACCGCUCUUUUUAUUUUGAGAUGAUAGUUCCGUUACUUAAGUUUAGCUGUAGCAGAUUACUUUCAAUUGGUCAUAGGCCUCUGAUAUUUCCAACAUUUGCAUCAUAGUUUUAUGGCAACUAACAAGUACGUAAAAAUAAUGUGCAAAAACUGGCUAUGACUAACGCGUUAGUUCCAAUACAAAGCAGUAAAUUUUGUAAUGAAAGGUACCAAUAUCAACCUUCAAUUUCAUUUUGAUUAUCAAUAUUUUUGAGCUGAAAUUAAAGUAGCGAAUUCUUACUUUUGAUGCUGUCUUAAGUCCGUAAAUUACAACAACUCGUUCAGUCCAGUUCAGAUCUUUACAGAGGAGAGGAAGAUGUCAUACAAGUCCUUAGUACCCGUUAUUCCCUUCCUGCCAAUCUUCAUAGAAAUCUUCAUUCAUUAUAGCGACCAAAAUCAGAGUCACCUGUAGUUUAUCUAAUCACAUUGGUCUUGAUAGCCUGAUGAAAGCCUGAUAGAGAUCGUUUGUAACAUUCUAUCAAAAGUAACACGUGUUUGUGCCGACGUCUUAUUUCUUCUGAUUUCUAAACAUUAUGCAGAAAUAUAAAUUUCUAUCUUUAGUUCGACCAAUUUAGUUUCAAUGUUCUAAGAAGGGUCAAACUUUUCCAAAACAAUAUACCAAAAAAGUGUCAAAGCUUGCGAUUUUAAUUCCUGUUGGUUGAUUUUGUUAAUUUUUACAAGUCUGUUUUCUAAUAGAAAUUGCUUAAUUGGACGCCAAGUGCCUUGAUUGAUGGCUUAACAAUAAAAAAGUAAUAUUCCUAAACGACAUACAUAUGAGUAAGACAUUCAGGAUUUUGUAUGAGGUUGAAACUAAACCGUGAGUUGUUUCUUUUAAGAAAUGUUUAUCAAAUAUUUGUUUGGCUAACAAAUUUAAUCAUCGGAAAGGGUAUAAAAUAAUUUUCAUUAAUUUCACUAAAAUUGUGCGGAAUUGAAUGCUCAGUUUCAUUAAAAUAACCAUGUUUGGUUUGAUGAUGAUGCAUGAUCUGAAAAUUCAUUGAGUAACCUUCUAAGUUGAAAAUCCUUUCAUAUUUUAAGAGUCCGAAAUUGACUGACAUAUACUAUAGAAGCUGAAAUAUUUCUUCAAAUAAAAUUUGGCUCAAGCAGUCGCGGGCAAAACCAAAAGAACUCGCUGGCCACAUUUGGCCCGCGGGCCACCAGUUUGACAUCUCUGGUCUAGGCUAAAAACUUAAGGCGUGUUUGCGUGGAAAUGAGUUUGGCGUGUGGUUUUUAUGAAGUGUUGACUUGAUUUAAGCCGUCAACUCCAUAUAACAAAACACUGGAAAGUGAAGCACCCCAUUAGUAACCGAACCAUGUUGUAACCACGCGGUCCUAAUAUUAUAUUAUUGGGUCAUCGAUACCGCACAAAAUGGCCAGCAUGGCUAGUUUGUAAGUUUUACUAAAUUUAUUUCCUAUUAUUGAAGAAAACAUAACAUUUACGAAAUCAAGUAUUUUAACAUUGUACGAAUGAGCCUUAGAGAAGAUGACAGAACGAUGUAUUUAGUGACGUCUUGGAAUGAAAUUUUCCGAAAAGACGAUGUUGAUAACGUGCAAACAUUAAUCGGUUCCAAUAUGCGAUAUGCAAGAGCUAACUGUAAUAUGAAAAGCAGUAAACCUCCGAUUGAAUUAAGCGGAUUUCACAUGAAAAAUCGUUUGGAAGAAUAAGACAACUAAGAACACGAUUAAGAUGAGUUUUACGAUAAAAAAUUUAACGGACUAAGCUAACAGCAGCAUUGAAUAACAAACAAUGACCAAUAGUUGCAUCAUCUGGUUUUUGUUUGACAAUAAUAUUUUGUAAUAAUAUGCAUAUUACAACGAAUGCGAUGUAAUACUAUAUUCCGUUCAAGUCAUCUAAAAUUCAUAUGAAUUAUCGUGCUACUUUGUGAAAAUGUGUGCAUAAUCCCAUUUUUUAUAGUUUGAAUUGAAAUAGGAACGUCGCAAGCAUUCAAGUAUUGUAAUGUGUUAUGCUUACGAGAGUAAGAACAUAUUUUAUACAUAGUACCAUAUGUGUUUAUUACGAUGAAGCUGCAACAAGUACUUGAGCGCCAGAAGAAUCUUCAGUGAAAAAAUAGCUAAAUGAAAAAAAAUGUAAUUAAUAGGGAAAUAGUUCUGCAAAUUAACUACAUCAAGCAUAACAAUUUUAAACUAAGUCUCUAAAAGAAGAUACUAAAGACGCCGCUAUAUACAAAUAAAGUGUAGUAUGUUGCAUAUUUCCUCGUAAGAUAGCGAUCCAAAAAGCGAAAUGAGCAACAUAAAUUUGAUAUACUUUUUCAUCAUGUUUCUGGUUAUUUAAGAUUUUUAUAUUGCAUGUUCGCAUUUCAAUGUUGUUAGUUUUGCUGUAUAUAGAGCUAUUAAAAUUAUCUUAAUUUGGCAUCACUUGUAAUCUAAAUUUUGAUCGUCGUUAAAAUCCUAAUGAACCAAUUGAAUGUGCAGAGAAUGAUAAAUAUGACAAACAUGAUUUUUUUCACAAACGAUAGUGAAAGCUAGUGAGUAUGUUUAAAGUGGGGAGAUAUAUGUAUUUGUAUGUCGUUAUAUGUUAUGUAUACCGAUAUAUCAAAUAUAAGGACUAUAUUAAGUAUACAUAAAUAGCUUAUAUAUUGUAACUUAUUAUGCUUAGUCUAGUUUAAAAAACUUUUAGAAUAGCUAAGAGAUUCUUAUGUACAUAGAUAGUAAACAACAAAGAAGGCAUAGAAAUUUAAUGAAUGGUAAGAAAAUUAAAGUAGUAGAAACUUAAACGAAUUGAAAAGUAGAAUGAAAAAUGUAACCAUAAGGAAAUUCACUGCAUUAGUUUAAAUUUUAUGAAACACACACACAUACACACACACACACACACACACACACACACACACACACUGCAAAAAUACAUAAGGACUUAGCAAAUCUACCAAAUAAACUCAAUUUGCCAUAAUAAAAUAAAAGCAACCAACGAUACAUGUUGUCAGAACUAAACAUCGAUUUAAAAUGAAAUCAGGUACCGGAAAUAACAAAACUAUUUAAAAAAUAAUGCAAACUCAAGCAUCAUAAAAGCAAUAAGCUAAACACGGAAUACUACCCACAAAUGCAAAGAAAUAAACCUCUUGUAUGACUGUCUAUAAUAAUGUGGGCAUUUUGAAGCAUUUCGAUAGCUGUCUAUACGCGUCAGCACACGCGCACACACACACACACCCGUAGAUCCAAAAGAAAAGAAGAUACAUUAAAUCGAUUGGUUUUUUUAUCAUAUAUUGUUUCAACUUCCAAUUUCGUUUACCGUUAUCCUUUACACAUUACUCACUAAUACGGCCUCAAUUGACCUUUUUUUUUGUUAAUAAUAAAAUCCUCUGUAACUAUGUACCAUGGUCGAUACAUGCUAUUUAAAAUAAUUUGUUUAUUUAUUAUUUUGUUUUUUUUUUUUUGUGUGUUAUGUUGCUGACAAAUACUAGAGCCACUAUAUUUGAACCAGCAGAAAAGGCACGCGCAGAAAUAUACGGCGAUCGGUGUGGGUGUAUAUAAAGGUAAAACCAUUAUUUUCCAAAUCAAUGUAAGCAAUGCAAUCGGCGUGGCACUAGAGUUUAAAUGUGUGUGAUGGAUUUGUUUUUAACAAUUAAGCCAACAAUCAAACCGAAAUAUGAAUAUAUUGUAAAAAAGGGAAUGUUAUGUUGCUAUCUUUCUUGCAUGACUCAUAUAAUAGUAGAUGUUUGUCUACGUAUUAUGACUGACUAUAUGUUGCAGAUUACUAACAAUCUGAUUGUUUUUUUCACUUCCCAAACUAUAAAUAUGUAGUUUUAUUUCAUUUAUUGACAACCUAUUAAACUACGGAACCAACUAACAAUUUGAAUUGUAUGAAAUUUGGUUUAAAUUCGAUGUUAUGAUUGUACAAAACAAUUAAAACAGCCACUACUAUGAAACGAAAAUCUCGCACAACUGAUGUGAAAGCCAAACUGGAAUACUUUAAUUGGGAAAGAAUAUUGAAAUUACCGUACGUUGGGAAACCGCGUACCAUAUAUUGCAAAAAAAGGAUAGGAAA